UUGAAGCCUCGAGAUUUCGUGGCGGCGGGCAGCCGGGCCAGGGGCUCAAACCCCGAGAGUUUAGCGACGCGGCUGGUAGAUGGCACCACGGGCCCAUUUCUUGUUUCUUUGUUUGGUUGGUUGGGUGGCCCGCUGCUCGGCGCUCUCCAGAGCCCGGCCGGAGGUGAGUGGAGGGCGCCCAGUGAACACUCGGCGUGGCCGCGUCCUGGAGUCAGUGUUGGAGCUCCCGGUGUCGGAGUCGCGGGUCCGCGACAGCGCGCCUGUUGAUCACGCGCUGCACGCUCUCCUCGUUGGGAUGUGCGUCGACUGAGCACUGGAGUUGCUUCGCCGGCCCUCCCUUGCCCCGUUCCAGCAGAGCUGCAGGGGACGGACUUCCAAGUCUGGCGACCGGUGUGUUCUGCCCUGGAAUUCUUGAGAAAAAAGAAAAGUUUCCCCGUUGUUUUUGUGAUUCGCCAAACCGAGUGAAGUGAAAAAAUAGAGAUAAGUGCUGUGUUUACUCGUGAUUCUCCGUUGGCUUCUCGACGGCUGCAUUUACGUGACUUAGAGUUGGAGGAUCUCGGGUGCUUACGCAAGAGGUUAAUUUCAUCUUCUGAAUGGCGAUGACAUAAGACGACAUCGGGAGAAAACUUAGGAAAUACAUCGGACAACAGCGCAGCGUUCGAGAGCCUGCGCGUACCUGCCGCUCGCUGAUCCGAAAGUUGGCAACGGAAAUUCAUAAGCAAGGCGAGUUUCAAAGCCUGGGAGGGGAGGAAACAACCAGCCGACCGAAAGAGGGCACCGGCGGCGUUGGCAGCCGGAGCGAGUGACGACAGGCGCCACCACUACCAGCAGUGGCGGCAGCGGCGACGACACUGCGCCGAAAAGGAAGAGACGGGGCGACCUACGUUGCCGACCUUUGAACAGGCGGCCUUCGAAAACGAGGGCAGGCGGGGUCGCCUUCUCCACUCGAGCGCAAUGGCGAAAUAAGCGGGCAGCCAGCACCGACAAAUCUCUCAAGUAACGAACCCCGAACCAGCCAGGGGAAGGGGAAGCGCAAUUCGGACCCCGAACUUCCUCCCGACAUUCUCUCUGCAGAAGUCCUUUUCUUUAUUUAUUUCUCCUCCCUCUCUCGCACUGCGUCUUCGAGGAACCCGGGAGCGGAUGGGAAGAGCGAUAGAAGGCUGCUACCAGCGGUCCUUGGCCUAACGAUCCCAUCGUGGCGUCGUUGCGUCGGAUGCCGGCAGCGUUUUGGUCGACGCCUUCGCCGCGUCCUGUGUUUGUGGUCUAUUUUUAUGGAGGCUCCAAGACGCCGUUGUUGAAUUCGCUCGACUGUUGAAAAGUUCUAGCGCCGGCCAAUGACGUAGCACAGCCGCGCGCCUCGCAGUAUAUUUCUGAUGGUGGUUGCGGGGGAUUUCCUGUAGAGGUCGCUAACGCCGCACCGCUUUACCGGCACUACGGACAAUUAUCGCACGUAUGUGGCUGCGCCCAGCCGGAUUUGAACCGACGCUUACACCACGGCACCGCUCAGUCGUCAAUAUCUGAUUCUCUUGUCGCGCGUGCGUCGAACUGCUUACGAUAAUUUCUUGGUAGCUGGCAGGUGUACGUGUACCGUGAGAUCGGUCGAUAAUCGAACCGGAGCUGGGAACCUCGGAGAAGAAUGAAAAAAAGAGGGAUUAAAUGCAGGAUUACCACGUUGACGGUGGAGUGCGCAUGAUGUCAACUCAACGAGAUUACCACCUUUGUUUGGGUCGUACGGUGAAGUCGCUGAUUAUACACACUUUUGUGUCGCACGUAAGUCUGUCGUCUCUUUAGGCUGGACUCACUGCGUAUGCGAGAGUUGGCAAAGAAACAGAAAUACGGGGGAGCUACAAACCAGAGAUGCAUCUAAUUACUUCGAGGUUCGUAUCGAACUCAAAUCGUCUGCCAAGAACCGUGCCGUUCUGACGCGUAUGAGGACUGCGCGCGUUCUAAGUCCAAAUUACAAACCACUCCUCCCUUAAAAAAUAAAAACAAAGUACGUGCCUCUGACAUACGACAAGUAAGAAAGCGGGCGAUAGGUGACGAUUUCCCGGUGCCCACUGUGGCGACGUCAAACAUGUCCUCAACGACAGUGAGUAUGCUCAACGUGACAGCCGUCAACGAGAGCCUGGUGCUUGAAACUCCGCUGCUGAACUCGACGGUGCACAACACGACACCCAACUGGACCGUGGGCGACGGGUGUGUGUGGGACCCGAGGACGGGCCACAACUGCUCGUGGGCCGAACAGCGCGCGCUAUCCAACGGCUCCACGGUGGACGUGCUGGGCGGACUCCUCUCGCCCGAGCACCCGCAGCCCGCCGAAAAGGUGUACUGGGCGCUGAUGCUGGUCAUCCUCCCGUUCCUGGCCGUCUUCGGCAACAUACUUAUCAUCCUGAGCGUGUACAAAGAGAGAAGCUUGCAAACCGCCACGAACUACUUCAUCGUGAGUCUGGCCUUCGCCGAUCUCCUGGUGGCCGCGGCGGUGAUGCCCUUCGCCGUCUACGUUUUGGUGAACGUGGACUGGGAGCUGAGCGAAACGCUGUGCGACUUCUACAUUGCCGUCGACGUCACCUGCAGCACCGCUUCUAUUUUCAAUUUGGUCGCCAUCAGCAUCGACAGGUUCAUCGCGGUGACGCAGCCCAUCAAAUACUCCAAGCACAAGAACAGCAACCGGGUGGCCCUCACCAUCGUCAUCGUGUGGGUGGUGUCUGCCGCCAUCGGGUCGCCCAUCAUGCUGGGCCUGAACACGUCCCCGCAGCGGGUGCCGCACCUGUGCAUCUUCUACAACUCGGACUUUAUCCUGUACUCGUCGCUGAGCUCCUUCUACAUCCCUUGCAUCGUUAUGGUGUUCCUCUACUACAAGAUCUUCAAGGUCAUCCACGACAGGGCGCGCAAGGCCGUCGCCAAGAAGGAGGCCCGCCUCCGGGGACUCGUCGUCGAGAACAACGCGGCUCAGGUCCAGGACGUCGCCCACCUGACCCAAGGGGGAGACAAGAACGGCAACAAGAGCUUACAGGUGUCCACCAUGGCGGACGCGGACCCGGUGACGGCCAACACCGGCAGCGGCAGUCAGCAGGACGAGGACGAGUUCGACGACCUCCCCACGGAAGCUGGCGGGGACAAGUCGCCGGACUGCGACGAAGACGUCACCUUCCUCGAGCGCAGCAGCAAGAGCACGGCCAGCGAGCCCUCGCACAUGGUUCAUAACGGCAACCACGACUCCGGCUACGCACCCUCCAACGUUGAGGAGACACAAUUCUCCAAGAAGGCGCACAACGACAAGGAUGCCAAAAAGAACGGCGCCGUGACGCCCCUGCUCACGGUGUCCGUGGUGGGCGGUCCCCCUCCGGACGCGGACUCCCUGAGCAAGAAGAAGUCGCGCUUCAACUUGGGCCGCAAGCACAAGUCCAGUCGCAAGAAGCGGGAGAAGGCCUCCGCCAAGCGGGAACGCAAGGCCACCAAGACACUCGCCAUCGUGCUCGGCGUCUUCCUCUUCUGCUGGGUGCCCUUCUUCACGUGCAACGUGGUCGACGCCGUGUGCAUGAAGCUGCAGAGCAACGACUGCCACCUGGGCGUCACGGUGUUCCUGCUCACAACCUGGCUGGGCUACAUCAACAGCUGCGUCAACCCUGUCAUCUACACCAUCUUCAACCCGGAGUUCAGGAAGGCCUUUAAGAAGAUCCUCGUCGGGCCCGCCAAGUAGUCAGCUGGCUCACCUAAGCUCUCGAUCCGCGAAGCUUGCCAUCGGGACAGGCGCGAAUGUGAAGAAGAAAAAAGUAACGCUCAAGGAAGAACUGAACCCUCUGGGUUCCGGUGCUGUGCCAAACGCUAUCAUGCUGAAGCCAUGCUCGGCGUGCCGUCGCUUUCCGUUUCAUUGUAUCGCACGCCUUAUUGCCUACCUUACUGAAAAACAAAAUAUAUAAACCCGUACGAUCUAUAUUCCAUGGUAUCAUAGAUGAAAGAACCGUAUGAUAUAUUACGUUCAUUUUCUUUAAUGAAGAACGUGCAUGUUGAUUUUAUUUUUGGCCGUCGCUAUCUAACAUACUUUCCCUCUCAGGUGACAUAUAAAUAACAUUUUUUUUCUCUCGCAUGUCUUCGAUAAUUUGCUAAGUAGCGAUAUUUUAAACAAAUAGACUCGGACACAAAUAAUGUUCUGCGCGUUUCACGUGUAUAGCAUAGGCAAGGUUGUACGGAACCACUUAAGAUUGUGGCGUCCGCGGAUAUAACCACUUAGUUUUCCUUUUUUUUAUAUAUAUAUAUAUGGGUAUUUCGUAUGGCGUUGUGACAUAUGGUUAAAACAAUCAUAUGCUCAUAUACGAUGCAUACAUUUAGUUUUACUUUUUCAUGAGGGGUGUAUGCUACACUCUGAAGUAACAUUUCGGCCAUUAUAGUGCUGUAAAUUACGGUUGCCAGAUAUCGGAAGUUUUGUAUAAAAUCGCACUAAUUCAUUUUCCGUCCUGCAGAAAUGUUAAACUAUUCCGCGACAGAGCGAAACAAUAUCACCCGAGCUUCCGAACACUUUACCUAAAGCUCUAAAAGUCGCAUUUUUGAAUCGUCAAAAUCGCCAGUUGCACCUGCCCUGCACUAAACAAAAAAAUAACGGUGCUCACAAAAAAAAAAAAAAUAAUAAUAAUAUUAGGCACAGAGUGUGACAUUCGAAGCGUAGGUUAUGUGCCCUUUUCGAAAUGCAGUUUGGCUGCUUUGAUCACCAUCAUCAUUUCAGUGCUUGGCAUCUGUGCCAAAUUAAUGGCGGUCUUGUUGAGGCUGAUUAAGGGAAAAGUUGAAGGGAGAAGUUCUAAUAUUCGCACCUUAAAAGGUGAAACGAAUGAAGAAAUAAUAUUGAGGUGAUCGAAGAACAAAUGCUCAUCUGCCAUUUACACGCGAAAGUGAUGGUUCCAGACGAAAUACAGCUUCAUGACCACCGUUAAUUUGGCGAGAGUGAAACUGCUUUUGGAGCCACCAGGUGGCGCUGAACUAAGAAAAGGGUCUGCUAUUGAGUUGUACUCUUCUCGCGAAUCGUCAUCACUUAAACGGGUUCGUGAGAAUGUUUUUUUUUUUUUUUAUGUAGUCGACUUUACGAUUACAUUUUCCACCCUUUCAGGUUACAUCUUCACUUUUGUAUGCGACCCAGGGCUGUUGAAAUUCCAUACAUAAGCCAUUGCAUCGAGGUAGCACUACACACCACAAAUUUUACGCUACAUCUUCGACAGGGUUACAUUAUUGUCACGUUCAUUUUACUUUUUCAGCGGAACUCGAAAGGUUUCUUAUCUUGUUUGUACGAAUCCCUUUACUCUGACUAAAAAGUACUACGCAAUAUUAUACUUCGUCGUUGUUUCAGCUUGGCAAAAAGGCUUCCCCACAUUUGUUUCUAUUUUAGAUAUUUAGCACUUAUCGGUAAAGAAAAACAGUGAUUUUAUCAAUGGCUUCCUUGCUUUGCUUUUUAGUCCCAAACGUGUGCGCUUGUGCGUGUCUCCUGAGAGUCCAGAAUAUUGGUUUUAAAAUAAAUUUUAUAAACGAUCUCAUACGUUUGUAAUCACAGCUUGUUUAAACUGCAAGAAAAAAACGUAAGGAGAGUGUUUACGCGCGCUCAAAUACCAACCGCACUUCAUAUUGAGCGAUAGAACAAGCAGUUCCUCAUUAAAGCUGUAAAAUUAAUAGGCCCGCUUCAAUUUUAAUAAUUAGUUGACCGUUACUCAACAUCGCCCAAAGCGCUUCCGCCUGCACCAUGAGUAAUCUUCCGCCUGCUUCAUUUUUUAUGCCAUCAUAUUUUUCGGCGGACUUUUUAAAACAGGCGUUCUGUAAUUAAUUAAUUGAACUGUUAAAUUGCCAACAAGCCCAUACACUUUUAUAAAGGAGCACAAAUAUGAAGAGUAAAAAAUAUUCUCCGAUCUAAAACACGGAAGUGAAAAGAUGUUUUGGGCGGUUUGUAACCUGGGGAAGUUUUCUUUUUACUUAGAUUUUUUUUUUCUGCUGAGGCGAUUGUACCUCAUCAGCGAACAUAAAGAUAGAGUAAAAUCGCCAUUUUAAUUGGAUGUCUCCAUUAAAACUUAAUUUUGCCAUGACAAAACAAAACAGGGGGGAGGGGGGUCAUAUAAAUAUUUUGCUUUUCUGAUUGGUUUUGCAGCUUUUAACCUCUUCCAGUGGUUAAUAUCUACUUUCCCUUAUUGAGAAGGGUUUUAUUUCAGUAGCUCAUACUGCAGCGCAAGAAUCUGGAAAACUAAAACUCUCCAAAAUCGUUUUUUUUUAUAUAUAAUAAUAUAUGUUACUGCUCAAGGUAAAACUUUUAAUUUAUAAUGCAUUAUUCGAUCCUCAGUUAUCUUACUGUCACAAUCUGAGGAAACUACAACUUGUACGCGCAUAAAUACACUGUUUGUUUGUUUUGUGGCAGAAAAAUGCCAUUCACAUCGUAGCCAAUGCUUCACAUAUCACUCGCACACAGAACUACCCUACCAUAAGUAUAAGCCUAUAAAGUAAUGAAAAUAAAACAACGAUUCCAAAGAUAAGCUCGGUACAUUGCAGUAUAAUUUUGUUUAAAAGUUUCAAAUCAUUCUUUGCAACGGACUGCGAACCUAACUGGAAAAAUAUAUAUGGCGUGCGGAGUUCGCAGCAUCCUGCCCUGAAGGAUGCUACGACUUGCUUGCAGGCUACAGAUGCUUCAGUUCACACUUCCUACGUACACUAUCAAACGUUUUCGGCAAGCACGGUGCUCACAUCCAGCUUACGAACCGAAAGACGUUGUAUAUAAUUUGUUAAUUCCUGUUGACAUAUUUUGUUACUUUUUCUGCCCGGAAUGUUGCCCUGUCAAGCCGCAUUAUUGAAGCUUUUUUUCUGUCCCCUUACCCUCAUUUCGUACUCUAGAUGUAAAAUUAAAAAAAAAAAAA